AAUCAACCAGUCGAAUAUCGUCGAUUCAUCUAAUACAUACGCGACAGGCGUGUUACAUUUAAUUCGUAUACGUGCACGCCACACGACCACACAUGGUUUAUUGUGGCACAAAUGUACAUCAACUGUAUCUUACAAACAAUUUAAUUCGGUUAUGAUAUAAAACCUGUAAAGAAUAAUGUUGCAUGGUCUCGCGUUGCGUCGACUUCACGGUGGUUCGUUCGAGCGAAAGCGGGCAUAAUCAAACAUAUAGAUGCCGGUGUAGGCUACGAACGUUGUUUUGCGUUGGCUGAAAACGGGGGUGUGACAGUCCUCGUGGUCACAAAGUACACAAAAAUCUUCGAUCCAACCGUCAGAAAUGAAACCAAGCGUCGCGUAACGUUUACCCCUCAGCUGUUCAAUGAACCGACUGUUCGAAAAAUUUUCAAUAACGUACAUUCUGAUCAGGAGUGUUUAUUUCCUUUCGCUCGUGUCCUCGUUCCCAACAAUACAACUGAAACCGUGUGCAUUAUUAUAUAUCAUCACACGAAUCAAGGGAACCGCGAACAAUUUUGCGCCACAUUUCGAUGUAAUGGGAUUGUUAAACAUCGCGUGAAAAGGAAUCAAGGAAGCUGCUUGUAGGUUAUACGCGAGUGUUGAAAACGGUGACGACAAACGAGCAAGUAUUUUUUAAUGCAAACCCUAUGCAUUGGCUUCAAGCGACGAACAUACGCGAAGAGAUCCCGAUGAAUCAAUUAAAUCAAAGUAAUUUCGUUACCAUUAUCGAGACCGUGAAUCCUGGCACAGAGACAACUUCGUCGACUUGUUCCACUCCUCCACCUUCGUAUCAUAACAUUAACUUCCCUCUGGGUCAUCCAUCUACCUUGACAAAUGACCGUGGUGCACCUCCUCCUUAUGAAGAAGCCAUUGACCCCAAUGCUCCACCUCCAUCGUAUGAUUCAUUGUUUGGUCGUAUGAGGGAAGCUCAUAAAGUUUCCAAAGGAGUGUUUGAUUUUUUGAAAAAUAUUGUAAUCCUACUUUUAGGCACCAUUGGAUGUACUAUUAUGUUAGGAAUAACGAUAGUGAUUCCUAUAUGCAUGGUAGUCAUCGGUGGACUUUAUCUGUACGAUUGCCCUCAAGGAGAAUACAUUCCCGUCUAUUUAUUAGUAGGCGGCGGUUUUGGCGUUUUCAAACAAUUGUUACAUUUGUCUGCGAGAGUGCGCCAAGGCCAGGUUGAACGAGACGAAGAGAGAAUACGGCAAUCUCCUACCCAAACGUUAAUCAAUUGCUUUAUCAUUGGUUGGUUCAUAAUAGGCUCGAUGUGGGUGUACAAAGAAUACGAACCGAAUUACGACCCAGCUCUUGGCAAAUAUUGCAAUAAAACAUUGUACUUGUUCGCCUUCUGGCUGAUCACCAGCACUUACAUAUUCUUGGGCGUGAUAAUGUUGUUCUGCAGUAUCUCGUGUUUAGCGAGCGUUGCGUUCCAAGGAUCACCGAUUUAAUGGUGAAACCGGUCUCAUUUCGAAGAGAAGAACAGUUAUUGAAAUCUGUAUCAUUCUGGGAACAAACCGAUGAGCGUCGAGAGAAAGGGGAAAAAAUGAACAAAUACUCUGUGAAUGUAUGAAAAUCACGUCACCAAAAACAGGGCACAAAAUUCGUCCACGCUUUACGUACCUGAGAUGCUUAAAGAAGGACAACAAUCUACUAUGAAUGAGUAGGUGUCGUACGUUCAAACGCACGUAAAAUGCGCUCGAGUUUCGUAAGAAAAAGAAAACUAAUGUUUACGCUUAUGUGAUCGUUCGUGGCGAUGUGAUCCUCGCUUAUUUUCAAGCAUACUCGAUUAUGUUUCAUCGUCUCGGUAAAAUUAAAGCGAAAUCCUUCAUUGAUUCCAUCUGUUGGAACACUGUACGUGACGAAAGGAAAAAAGAACGGAUCAGUGUAAAACGAGAAGAGGUUGAACGCGCGUACAUUCUAUUCAGGGCUGUGGAUACUUCGCAAUGCGUGAUUGCGAAUUUUCUUUUGAUAUUGUGCCAAGAAAUCGCAGAGGUGUAGAUCGCAAUAUUUUGCUAAACGAAGCGCUGGACGCGCGCGUGUCGACGCCCACAUGAAUACUGUUGACUAUAAAAAGAAAGAGGAAAACGAGGAGAAAGAAGAAACGUUCUAGCGCGAGGGUGUGUCAUCGAAUAUUUGUGAUAAGGGAAAUUUGACCGUCGUUAACACACCAUCAGGGGUAUCUAAUUAAAAAGCAGCUGUUAAACAGUUCUUUUACAAGUGACACAUUCACUUGUAUAAAAUAGCUUAUUGUUGAAA